CAGGUUUAUAGGAGGAACUUUGGUCCUUCAUUUCCACAGCAGGUGAAAAUUUCUUGUUCAAAACGUUGAGCUGACAGUAGAAAAACGAGCCAUCAUGUUCAGGAUUUGUCUAAUAGUGUGUGUUUUGCUGAUAUCUGGCAUUGCAGCAAAGCCCUGGAAUAAACUUACAGGUGAAGCCUUUCAGGACACUGUUCUGUCCAUAGAUGGUGAAGGAAAGAUGUCCGUGGGAGUGGAAGUGGAGCCUCCGGAGGACAUGGAUGAGACUCUCUAUGAGAUUGACCCCAGCAUGAAGAUUUGGAAGAGCAUGACAGGCGGUGGACAGGACAAACUGUUCCAGAAGGCCGAAGAAGACUUGGAUGAUCUGUACCAUCCUUCCAUGGAAGAUCUUCAAGCUCGGAUAAUAAACCUGGAUGCCGUACCUGCUGCAGAGCUAUGGAAGGAAGAUGCCGACAUGAAGGACGGUCAGGAAGCAGAAAAAGAGGGUAUCUACUAUCCUGCAGAAGAACCUGAGCAGGACUGGAAUGAAGCCUACAACAAAGCCAGGGAACAGCUGGACAGAUAUUUGGCCCCACUGGUGGCUAAACAGAGAGAUGGUGUGGAGGUCCGAGGUGCUGUCUACGAACCGGAGGAGGACAAGGAUGCCCUGUAUCAUGGUGACGCCCCGAGCUGGUCUUUGGAGAUGGAGUCGCUGAAACAGGAGAUGAGGAGUGAAAGUGAGGUCAGGAUUCACGAAGUACCAGAGGAGGAUAUGGAUGAUCUGUACCACAGAGACCUCCUCCUGCCUGUCGCUUAUAAAGAUUAUGUCAAUGCUGUUGCCCCUCUGUAUUUGCCGUCUCAGAAAGAGUACAGUGAGCCAGAGGAAGAUCUGGAUGAUCUGUACCACCCCUGAUCCUUUAGUAACGCAACCAGUGUAGAUAAUUUAAAAUCAGACAAAUAUCUGAUACACUGUAACUGAAACAGCCAUUUGAUUGUAUUAAAGUGCCUUAAUACAUCAGUAAGAAUAAAGACAUAAAUAUCAGUGUUGCUCAUAUGGAACUUUGCAAUAAAGAUACUUUGAACACAAA